AUGGAGAAAUCCUCAACGGGAUUGAAUAAGAAUGGCUCGCGAUCGACCGCAUCGCUACCCCCGGAACCGGCGGACAUAAUCCACAGCAAGUCAUGCUACCGCCGGGUAAGGCUCAACGUUGGGGGUCUUCCACAUGAGGUCCUCUGGCGAACGUUGGAUAGGUUACCACGCACCCGGUUAGGGAAACUACGAGACUGCAACACCCACGACUCACUCAUGGAGGUAUGUGACGACUACAACUUGGACGAGAACGAGUACUUUUUCGACCGGCACCCAGGGGCGUUCACGUCCAUUUUGAACUUCUACCGGACCGGUAAGCUCCACAUGAUGGAGGAGAUGUGCGCCCUGUCGUUUAGUCAGGAGCUGGACUACUGGGGCAUAGAUGAGAUCUACCUGGAGUCCUGCUGCCAGGCCAGGUACCACCAGAAGAAAGAACAGAUGAACGAGGAGCUCAAAAGAGAGCAAGACACCUUGAACGACAGAGAGGGAGAAGAGUUCGACAACACGUGUUGUGCUGAGAAACGAAAGAAACUCUGGGACCUUCUGGAAAAGCCCAGUUCGUCUGUCGCAGCCAAGGAGGGGGACGUAGAGCCCCUGACUGUUUCUGUCACUGACUGUCACUGA